GCGCCAUGCUCGAUCAGUUGCGCCCGCGCCGCCGCCACGAUGCUGCGUCUGACCGUGCUGCUCGUGCUGCUCUCGCGCUCGCGCACCGCAUACGUGACCCCCACCUUCGCAGACCAGCUCGACCGACUCAACGAAAAGCUACAGAAAUUCCAACUGGAAGAAAAGAACCCACACGAAAAACUCUACGAGAAACUAGCCAAACUUAAUGCGCUGAAUCCGAGGGAUUUGAACGAUGAUGAUGAGGAGUUACUGACGGCGAUGCAGAUGUGGGGCAUGCUGGAUCCUGAACAGUUGGAUGGAGUGGUGAAGGAUCUCCAGAGUGUUAGAGAAGAUGAAGAGGCGAGAAGUGAUCGGAUUCUUGAUGAUGAUAGUGAUGGGGACUGGAAUGAUCUGGAAGAAGGCGACGACCCCAUCGACUGGGACCAGUACCAAGACGAAGAGAUGGAGAGCGCCUCCACGGCCCGGCCGGGGGUCGUGACCCCCUCCGCCAUCACCAGGCUGGGACCAGGCUACCGGGAGACCGUCAUAUCCGCCGUCGACCCCAUCGCUGCCACUAAGGAACGGCCUAGGAUACUUGAUGAUUCGACCCUGACGGCGGUGGAGCGUCUGGCGCUGCGCAAAGCCACGUACGCGAACAUAGCGGCCGUGGUGAAGGCGGGCAAGUGCUCGGAGCCGCAGCCGCGCUGGCUCACGGUGCGGCAGCUGGCGCCUGCUGCCAACAUCGUAUACAUGCCACCAUGCGUACAGCUGCAUCGCUGUGCGCCCGACUCCGGCUGCUGCUACGACGAGGCGGAGGUGUGCGCGCCAGUCGCUGGCAAAUACGUCGCGUUGCCCUUCUAUCUGCAAAAAGCAGACGGCAACCGUAGCAUUGCGCGCAUGCUGUUCUUCAACCACACGAGCUGCGCGUGCGUCUCUCGAGACACGCUGCAGACCACUGUGCGCACGAGAAUAGACCAAGAACUACCGAAGCAGAUAGUCCGAGCGUCCGAAGAGUCACAAGAGAGGCAGAACGACUGGCGCGCCGGGACCGAGGAGCCUCAUCUUUCAAGCGCCAGGGAGGACCACACCGCGCCGCCGCAGUUGCGGAGGUGCACCUGCCCCACGUUAUUCCUGGCGCGGCCUCUGAACGACGGCAUCUGUUCCUGCGUGUGCGAGUGGCCCGACGCGACGCGCCGCCGCGACUGUCUGUCGCAAGCGCGCGGCCGCGAGCACUUCAGCAUGCGGGACCGAGUCUGCAUCAUCCACGGCGACUGCAACACUCCAGCUUGCGAGUACGGCGCCUACGAGAAGAGCCUCGGCAAAUGCCCGCAGCGGCGAUACAGGCGGACCCGCUACCACCACAGGGCCAGGGCAACCGAGAGGCCUAGCGAUUAGACUCAAAAUACUGCUGAACAUUGAAUCUUAACACUUUUUAAUGAAUGGGGAUGAUAAAAUACUUAUGACCGCGUUACGCAAUGUUUUCUGGAUUGCUAGCAGUAGGGUAAGGUGGGGCACAAUGUUACAAGGGGUACAAUGUUACAAUGCAUAUUUCUCCGUCCUUUUCUAUAGUUGUAUGAUGUUCAGCGGCUCAGUUCAGCUUCUCAGCUCAGUUCAGCUCUUAUGAGCUUGACAAACGUGUGUGUAUACCAACAUCAUACAACUAAUAGAAAGGGAAGGAGAAAUAUGCAUCGUAACAUUGUACCCCGUGUAACAUUGUGCCCCACCUUACCCUAGACUUGACUUGUGUCCGAAAUUGAAACCUCCUUGAAGGAGGUCUCAGACUGGGGUCGACGCAAUUUGGUCCAAUUUAACCCUACAAAGACACAAGUUUGCGCGUUCACCGCCAAAAAGUUGCCGUUUGUCGUAUCCCGCUGUUUCGAGAGCACUCCCCUAACUGCCUCAGCCAAUAUCGGAAUCCUUGGUGUCGACAUAUCGGGCGAAGUCCAGUUCCGUGGUCAUUUAGAGGGUAAGGCUAAAUUAGCCUCGAAGAAGCUUGGUGUGCUCAAUAGAUCGAGACGGUAUUUCACUCCAGCCCAUCGUCUGCAACUUUACAAGGCGCAGGUUCGGCCUCAUAUGGAAUACUGUUCUCAUCUUUGGGCAGGUGCGCCCCAGUACCAGCUUCUCCCUCUGGACCGCAUUGAACGGAGAGCAGCUCGAAUCGUUGACUGCCAGGACAUUUCGGAUCGGCUUGACCCCUUGGCGCUGCG